AUGAUGCUCCUGAGGGAGGACAUUGAUGUUCAUAUAUCAUACAUUAUUGUAGGUGAGUCAUACGUGGUGGUGGCAGAACUCGCAGGCGUCAAAAUCCAGUAUCUCAAGCGCAUGAUGCUCCUGAGGGAGGACAUGUUGGAGGGGCCAGUAGGGCCGUAUAAUCAUUUCACCAGUCUCAGGGAGGCUUUCUAUGAAACGUACUAUCAUCCAUUUUAUCAUGAUGUAAAACAAAAUGAGUUUUUAAGAUUGGUUCAGAGGUCUAUGUCGGUUACUGAAUACCAUGUAAAGUUUGUAGAACUGUCCAAGUAUACCAUUGCUUUGGUUGAUGAUGAGAGAGAUAGGUGUAGACAGUUCGAACAAGGAUUGAGAGCAGAAAUCUGA